AUGCACAUUCGCCAUCUUCUUUUCGCCCUGGCGGCGGCCACCACGGCCAUGGCCGCCAUCAACGAACCUUGCUAUGGUUCCAAUGGCGUCGCUGGCGUCUGCGUCUCCACUACGGCCUGCGCAUCCGCCGGCGGCACCUCCAUUACUGGCGCCUGCCCCCGCGACCCCGCCGACAUCAGAUGCUGCUCUAAACCCAGGUGCUCCAACGGCUCUAACGGCAACUGCCGCUGGGUCUCCGACUGCGCCGGCAGUACCGUAACUAACCAGUGCCCCGGCCCCUCCGGCAUGAGGUGCUGCAGCUCCUCGGCGCUUGGAUGGGGCGGGUACUCUAACCCGCCGCUCCCUAGCUCGUCGUCGUGCCGGCAGGUCGCUAUUAACGGCGCCGCCGCCGUUACCCGCCGGUUCCCCGGGCGCACGCGCGAGUACUUUUGCAUCCGUAACUGCACGUGCACUAGCAGUAGCAGCGACCACUGCUGCGGGCGCGCUAUCGACUUUAUGAUCAGCGAUAGCGGUGGUGCGGCCACUAUUUCAGGGAGGGAGAUGGCCGAGUGGGUUAUGAACAACCGCGGUACGCUGAACCUCAAGUACGUCAUCUGGGGUCAGAGGAUCUGGAACCCUUCCGUCGAUCGGGUUAUGCCUUGGAACCAGUGGCGCUCUCAGGAAGACCGUGGCAGCAUUACCCAGAACCACUGGGAUCACAUGCAUGUCAGCUUCAACGGCUGA